ACUUGUUCUGUUCGUACAUAUCGAGCCUCUACGGGAUAUCAAUUGAGGCCCAAUCGCUCUCUCCAUUUUGACAUUUUUGUUUGCAGCCAUUGUGUUUGACUAUUCGAUAUCUCCUACGAAUUACUGCUGCUACUGCUCGUGUUUGAUCUGGUUCUUGGGGCUGGCUGUGUCUUUUCUUCUUUAACUCCGUCGGCAUUCCUCCAUCUCAGCUCUGCCGCCCCCCCCCUCCCCUGGUCACCGAUUCUCUAUCUAGAUCGUUCAGCACCGAUUUGACCAGGCAUCAUUGCGCACUGACGACCUCUUGAUAUCGGGAAUUGGGCCUGUGUCGAACAAUUUGCACGACCUUGGAGAACACAACACGGCAGCCUUGAGCUAGGAGCACAACGAAGUCUAUCACGGGAAGCGGUGAACCAUGGCCGACUCGGGGCAGUCGUCCAUCACAGUGGCCGUCCGAGUCCGGCCUUUUACAAUCCGAGAAGCAGCUUCAUUGCAGCGGAACGACGAUGGCACGAUUUUCCUCGGCGAUGGCUCCUUCGCCUCGGCACCGACUCCCAAGCUUCACCGUGGGGGCAUCCGAAAUGUUAUCAAAGUUAUGGACGAUCGUUGCCUAAUAUUCGAUCCGCCAGAGGAAAGCCCCGUCCAGAAAUUCUCCCGAACCGUCGUUCCCGCCUCGAAAAAAGUGAAAGAUCAAGUGUUUGCCUUUGAUCGAGUCUUUGACGACAACACAACGCAGGCUGAGGUUUACGAGGGCACGACCCGAGGCUUACUCGAUAGCGUCUUGGAUGGAUAUAAUGCAACUGUAUUUGCCUACGGCGCAACUGGAUGCGGCAAGACGCAUACCAUUACCGGCACAGCACAGCAUCCCGGGAUUAUUUUCCUGACGAUGCAGGAGCUGUUCGAGAAGAUUGAAGAACGCAGCCACGAGAAGUCUACAGAGCUGACGCUGAGCUACCUGGAGAUUUACAACGAAACAAUCCGAGAUUUGCUGGUGCCCGGUGGCAGCAAGGCCGGCCUGCCUCUUCGCGAGGACAGCAAUGCAGCGGUCGCCGUUCCUGGCCUGACCAGCCAUCGCCCUCGGGAUGUCCAAGAGGUCAUGGACAUGAUUGUUCAGGGCAACGAGUACCGAACCGUAUCACCGACCGAAGCAAACGCAACCUCGUCUCGAUCCCACGCCGUGCUCCAGAUCAAUAUUGCGCAAAAGGACAGGAAUGCCGACGUCAAUGAGCCUCACACUAUGGCAACUCUCAGCAUCAUCGAUCUGGCUGGCUCUGAGCGUGCGUCUGUCACCAAAAACCGAGGCGAGCGCCUGACAGAGGGUGCCAACAUCAACAAGUCACUUCUUGCUCUAGGAGGCUGCAUUAAUGCUCUCUGCGACCCGCGAGGAAAGGCACACGUGCCGUACCGCAACAGCAAGCUCACUCGACUCCUCAAAUUCUCACUCGGUGGCAACUGCAAGACUGUCAUGAUUGUCUGCGUCUCACCAUCGAGUGCUCACUAUGACGAAACCCAAAACACCCUGCGUUAUGCGAACAGAGCGAAGAACAUCCAGACCAAGGUCACUCGCAACGUCUUCAACGUUAAUCGCCACGUGAAAGACUUCUUGAUCAAGAUUGACGAACAAAUGGCCCUGAUUAACGAACUGAGAGCACAACAGAGGGAGUCUGAGAAAACCAGCUUCGCCAAGUUCCGGAAGCAGUACGAAAAACGAGACGGCAUCGCGAGAGAGGCCAUGCAGAGGCUUCGGGCUGCGUAUGACAACGCAGGUGCCGAGCGUCAGGAGCGUAUUACCUCUAUGAGAAAACUUAAGCACUUUGAGAGGCGCAUCAGUCUGCUGUCUGCGUGGAUCGCGGCCUUUGAUGCAGUUGCUGACCAGAGGGAGAAUGACGCAGAAAUGCCACAAAGCCUCGCAGCCAUUCGUAAAACUGCUCAGGGGAUCAUGCUGGAGCUGGAGAACAGCAGACAUCACACUCAUCAAAGGCUGGAUAAAUCGGCCUGGGAGCGCCAUCUCGACACAGCUUUGGCUCACGGUAUCAGACAGCUUGAACAGGCCGAGGGUGCUGAUACCGGCGAAAUUGAGAGCUUGACACGCGAGGCUGAACUUCUCAAGUCAGAGUUCAACCGCGAGGCCUAUCGCGAAGUUUUGGAACAGGAGAAAGCGGGGGAUGCUGCCAUGAUGCAGAUGCUUCUCACUGCCCAAUUUGAAAUAAUCUCGUCCCUUUCUGGAAUCAUGAUGAUGGACGAAGACAGCGCAGUGUCGCACGCCAAAGAGGCCAUUUCUCGCCUCCUACAGACUGGCCUCACGGCAGCAUCCCAGGUGGUCAAGCCCGAUGGUUCUCUGGCUGCUAUGCCUGACGCUCAUCCCCAGCCACGGCGAACGCUAAGAAAGAGAAAAUCCCUAUCUGCCUACAGACCAGUUGUGCCUCCGGCAGUCGUGGCCGUACAAAACGAACAUGUGUUUGCAACUCCCAUGAAGGCAUUGCCGAGACGGCGUAAGGCCCUCGGUAUGCCGAAAAAGGGAGUCAGCUUUACUCCAGUCAAGCGAACCACCAAGAGCCGAGGGGUCAGGUGGAGGGACGACGAGACGGAGGACGGCACACUGGAAGAUUUCGAGAAGACGCCGCAGAACCUUUUCAGCUCCCCUUCGGUGCAGCCAUCGCCAGUAGUUAAGAGCAAGAUUCCCUCGCCGCCGCAGCUGAACAGUGUUCCUAAGGAUGAUGCUGCCUCAAACGACGACUCCUCGAUAAGCCUAGAGAUGUCGGACGCACCGAGCCUUCCAAUCGCUAAGACCGGUAGGUUUCAAGCUGGCUUCCUCUCAAGGGGCGCGCGAUUCUCAUCUGUAGGUAGCGGGCUGCCCGUGUCCUCGUCACCCCCUACUUUGAGUAUGCACCUCCGCUCUUCGAGCUCUCCCGACGUGGCCAGAACGCCGCCCUUGAGAACAUCUCUAGACGGUCCUAGAGCCGAGAAUUCAUCCCCGCUCUCCUUAAGCAAGGUUCCCCGACCGAGUCCCCCACAAUACCAUCAACUGCAGUCGGUCAUGGAUGAAAAUAACCCGCCGAACGGCUCGGGAUCCGACUCUGAGUCCGGCACGAUUGAUAUGCAAAAACUCCGUAACGCUAUUGCUUCGAAAAAGCCCCGGAGAAUGAGUCUCGUGGGCCAAACUUCUGUCCCCGUGGCCAGAAGGGUGAAUUCAAUCGCCCCUCCGUCCAUCGAGAGACCACCUUCACGAUCCACCAUGCCCAUGAUGGGCAGCGCCGGCAACGGCAUCUCCCGCCUUCGAAGAGGAAGCUUGGAGCGCCGAAAGAGCCCACCGCUGUUGUUCUCAGCCCCAGAUUCAGAGGACCAUCUCACUACUGGCCAGGCGAGACGCAUGAACAUGGGAAGCAACCUACGACUGGAAAAUCUCGGAGCUGCCCAACGUGACGGGAUGGGUCUAGAAGGUCCUCACCGUGUCACUAUUAAAGUUGGGCCAGGCUCUGCCGCUGCAGGCGUCUCUGCACACCGAAGGUUGGAUAGCCGAGGAGGUAUGCCAAUUAGAUGAAGGCCAUACCGACGGUGGCCGCUUGCUUUUCCUUAUAUAUAUUACUUCCUUUAAUAUUUUGUUAGCCCUCUAUAUUUUGCCAAGCAUCGGGCUUUUUUGGUUUCACAAACAAGGAACGGCGUUACGGUAUAUUGUGCCUUUUUAGGUCACAAGAUGAUAUAUAUGAGUAUUGGCGUUGGGGAGAAGGAUUGGGCCAUAGAACUGGCAUAUGAUGAACCUAGAUGUUUUUGUGUAUGACUUGAUUGUAUGCAUACGUAUGGGAAAGAGAGGGCUUAGAAAUUUGAUUUCUUUUGCUCUCAUUCAUAAUGAUGAUGAUAAUGAUGAUACGAUCAAGUGUAUGUUUUCUCUAGUGCCUGUAAUUGGUUUUGUCUUACUCAGGCAAGUAAGUAAUCUGCUUGUAUGUAGUUUCUGGAUACCUAUUUAC